CACUUCCUCUUCCUGUUAAAGGUCGUUUUGACCGGCGUCGAGUCCCUGAAGCUCUGACCUGCAGCAGCCAUGUUGUCCCUGGCCGCCCGCUCCGGCGCCUUCUCCCCGUACUUGUCCGCCACCUCGUACGCCGUGGCCGGGCAGCUGAAGCCGCUGGCCUCCGGAGCUGUGCUGCACGGUGAGAAAGUCCUGCUGGAUGUGAAGAGGCCGUUCCUCAGCCGGGAGACCCUGAGCGGACAGGCCGCCGGCGGGCCCCUCUGCGCCACAGCCGGGGUCAAUGGUCCCACCACCGUCCGCUUCUUGCACAGUGACGUCACCGUACCUGAAUUCUCGGACUACCGCCGCACGGAAGUUGCAGACAGCAAGAAGUCCUCACGCCCCAGCGAGGAAGCCAGGAAGGGCUUCUCCUACCUAGUCACCGGAGUCACCACUGUCACCGCAGCCUACGUGGCCAAGAACGUGGUCUCUCAGUUCGUAUCCAGCAUGAGCGCCACAGCCGAUGUGUUGGCCAUGGCCCAGAUCGAAGUCAAGCUCUCGGACAUCCCCGAAGGCAAGAACAUGUGCUUCAAGUGGAGAGGCAAGCCCCUGUUCAUCCGCCACAGAACCCCCAAGGAGAUCGAGCAGGAGGCUCAAGUUGACUUGAGCGAGUUGCGAGACCCCCAGCACGACCUUGACCGGGUGAAGAAGCCUGAGUGGGCCAUCCUGAUCGGAGUCUGCACCCAUCUUGGUUGCGUGCCCAUUGCCAAUGCCGGAGACUACGGAGGGUACUACUGUCCUUGCCACGGCUCUCACUAUGACGCCUCUGGUAGAAUUAGGAAGGGCCCUGCACCGCUCAACCUCGAGGUCCCCAACUAUGAGUUCCCCUCCGACGACCUUGUAAUAGUUGGAUAAACUUUUUCCAUCCGUUAUCUGAGCUUGCGUGUCCUGUUUCAUGCUUUUAAAAGAUCAGUAUCCGACAUUUUAAUAAACCACAAGCUUGACGUGAAGACUUUCUUCAUUUCUACUGUACAAAGUGAUUGUAAAGUUCCCACCCGAGAGGUGAUGUAAAGGAAGAAUCGGCGCCUGGCUGGAAAUUCUGUACAAAGGCAAAAAUUAAAUCCAGACUUUACAGUGAAA